AUGAUCGAGCUGAUGAAUACAUCUACAGUGGCUGAAUUUAUCCUCCUGGGGAUUCCUUUUCUACGUGAACUACAUAGAGUCUUCUUUGUGCUGGGUUUAUUCAUGUAUAUUGCAAGCAUCUUAGGGAAUGGGUUCAUUCUCAUCAUUGUAGCAACUGAGUCAAGACUUCAAACACCGAUGUACAUCUUCCUGAGUAACCUGGCCUUUCUGGAGAUCUGCUACACCACUACUGUUGUACCAAAGAUGCUACAGACCCUUGUCCAAACACGGACCACAAUUUGUUUCACCUGCUGCAUGACCCAAGGAUUCUUCCACUUCAUAUUUGGCAGCGCAGAGCUUUUCAUCCUCACAGCAAUGGCCUUUGACCGCUAUUUGGCCAUAUGCAAGCCGCUUCAGUACUCAUUGAUUAUGACAAAGCAUGUUUGCAUCCAGAUGUCUUUGGCCACCUGGUAUGUAGCAUUCAUAUUUAUGUUUGUUCCAUCAGUCUUUGUGUGGAGGUUGCCUUUUUGUGGCCCCAACAUUGUGGACCAUUUCUACUGCGACAUUGGUCCCAUCUUAACACUCGCCUGUACAGAUACUCACCUCCUUGAAUCUCUGGGUCUGUUGACCUCUGUCCUGAUUGUCAUCAUGACUUUGAUCCUCAUCAUUGUGUCUUACAUUUUCAUUAUUUCCACCGUUCUUCACAUUCCUUCAGCUGUGGGACAGAAAAAGGCAUUCUCCACCUGCACCUCCCACCUGAUUGUGGUGUCCAUAUUGUAUGGAGCCCUUAUGGUAAUGUACGUGAGGCCCAACGUCCAUUCCUCAUCUCAUCUAGUCAGGUUAGUUGCAAUCCUGAAUACAAUUCUCACCCCAAUGCUGAACCCGUUCAUAUACACAAUCAGAAACAAAGAGGUCAAAGACACUGUCAAGAGUGCAAUAACAUGUGCUAAUCAAUUGCACAGAAAAUUAUUAUUCAGGCUUUUAAGUGAUGAGUGUCCUUGCCAGCUCUAUGGGUCGUGA